UUCUGAAUUAUAAGUGUCAUAUUGGUGAAACUGAACAGCUGAUCUGCAGAUACUGUCCUAGUAUUAACCAUGACGUCUGAGGCUGCUCAGAGUUUUCUUCAGCCGCUCUCUUCUUGGUUGUCUCAAAUAUAUGAAGCUAUCCAACAAGCAGGAGACUCUAUAUCUGCUUCAUUGCUGAAUUUGAAUGGAGUGGGUCGUGAGUCAGAAGAAGAUAGAAACCGGGGCUUGGAGGGCAAUGGAGUAGCUUAUGAGGACUAUUCUGUGGAAUCAGAAGAUGAAAGACACAUAGAUCUGUGGGAUGAGGAAUACAUAUGCCCUAGAGAAGAUGGUCACAUUGCAGGUCGUGAUCUUGCUUCAGAGGCCCUCCCUUGUGGCUCUGACAUGGGUAUGCAGAGGCAAAAAUGGGUUAAAAAUACCACCAGCUUAGCAGGGCAGUGUGUUGAAAGGACUGGGCAUUUGGUUGCCAAUGGAUCACAUUGGAUCAACGAAGAUCUCCAGCCACUUCCUACUAUCUCUGAAGAUGAAAGUGAGCCCUCUGUGAGGAUGAGAGGCCAUGAUCACAGCAUCAGCAUGGAUGGAUCUUUAGAAAUCAAUAAAGACAAGGCAAGUUUUGCAGAUCUGGAUGGACUAAGCCAACUGAGUUACCAAGACAACCUGUCCUGUCAUGAAGAUGACCAUGUAUCUGUUGAUUCAAGAACAACGGAGCGCAGGAGUGCUGGGCAGCAUACAGGGCCUAGGAUGGAGUCCAGCAUUGCUGACGGCUUCAGCCAGCAAGCCACAGAAGGACGUUUGGAAUUGGAGGCAGCAUUUACCAACCAGGGAUUUGAAGGAAAUGAUGCUACUGACAGCUCAUCAGCUUGGAGCCCUGAGGAGACUGAUGAGGUGAACAGUGAACCAGCUCAUCACAGUGCUCAUCAGCCCAUUUGUAAAUGUGGUGAUCUUGAUGUCAUCUUCAGUUAUAAAGCCUCAAGUCAAAAGCUCGUAGUUACUGUCUUGGAGGCCAGGGACAUCCCAGACAAAGACCGCAGUGGUGUGAACACUUGGCAAGUGCACACAGUAUUGAUGCCUAGCAAGAAACAGAGGGGUAAGACAAGUGUUCAGAGAGGACCCAUCCCCAUGUUCAAGGAUAAUAUUACCUUUAGUAAGCUGGAGCCACAUGAGUUAGGUGGCCAUGCUGUCCGUUUCCGCCUCUAUGCUGUGCACAAGGUGAUUGGUGAGAAGAUGAUGGGAGAGCAAUUGUUCUACCUGAGCAACGUCAGCCAGGAAGAGGAAGUGAAGGUGACGUUGGUCUUGGAGCCAAGGAGUAAUUUGACCAGUGCAGACUCUCAGCUUAGUCUGUCAGCAAUCUCUCACAGUGAUAGCGCUUCUUCAACGCAGUCCCUGUCGCAUGGAGGGGUGCCAGAGCUGCUCGUGGGUUUGUCGUACAAUGCCACUACAGGGCGGCUGUCAGUGGAGAUGAUCAAAGGCAGUCAUUUCCGAAACCUCGCAAUUAAUAGGCCACCUGACACCUAUGGAAAGCUUUGCCUGCUCAACUCUGUGGGCCAGGAGAUGUCUCGCUGCAAGACCUCCAUCCGUCGAGGGCAGCCCAACCCUGUCUACAAGGAAACUUUCAUCUUCCAGGUUGCCCUCUUCCAGCUCUCCGAUGUCACACUAAUGAUCUCCAUAUACAACAAACGCAGCAUGAAGCGCAAAGAGAUGAUCGGCUGGAUCUCCAUGGGGCAGAACAGCAGCGGAGAAGAAGAGCAAAGUCAUUGGCAGGAGAUGAAGGAGUCAAAGGGGCUGCAGGUCUGCAGGUGGCACACAUUGCUGGAGUCCUAAUGGUAACCAGGGCAGCCUGUAGAUCCUGGGACCAUGGGCUGUCUUCCAUCGUUCUCAGUCAGCAGGAAGCAGCUGUCCCAUGCCAAGCACUGUGCUCUGACAGGUCAUGUACUCUUUAACCUGACUUUCCAGUAUCAUCUGUCAGGCGUUAGAAGUGACAAGGCCUGGGAAGCAAGUUUAGUUCUUGUCUUUCCAGGUUGCCCUGCGUUUUCCACAUCCUAAUUACUAGCCCUAGGAAAAGCAAGGGCAAACCUACAAUAUCCUCCCUUUGCUCCUCAUCUUGCUCAUUUUAUCAUAUGUCUAAUCAUGACAGUUUGAUGCUGUUUUCUUCUGGAGUAAAUUCUCUGAUCCCUCCCUUAUUUAUAUUAAUGAAGUUUGCAAAUAUUCUUGACAUGCAGAUAGCUCACAGAUAGGCUAAACUGCAUGCAGAUCACAUUUUCUCUCUUUUAUUAUCUUAUUUUUGAAGUCCUAGAAAUGAACAUUUGGUACCACUAUAGACUGGAUUUUUCAGGCAGCAUGGGAAAGCACUGUUGAAUUCUCUGUCAGCUUUAAAGUGCCUCGGCGUUAUUACUGUUUCUUAUACUAACUGAUAGUGUUUAUUUGGACUUGAUACUGCCAGUAUUCUUAAUCAGGCAUCCUGUGCACUUGUUAGCCUGUAUUGCCACAGAGAUUGCAUGAGGGAUAAGUAAUAGCAGUUUCAUAUUGUGACUAUACAAUGCAUGUUUGGAUGCUUACUUGAAGUUCAAGGCUUCUGUCAUCGUGAAUACCAAAAAACAAAGACCAGAACAAGCUGCACGUCCACCUUUGUGCCUGAAUCACUCUUUUCUGCAUCACUGUUUUGAUUACGUGUCAUUUUGUUCUGUAAAAGCAAGUUUCACUCAGAAAAGCAUUUCUGUGAGCAUUAUACAGAAAAGCUUUUGAUCCAUGAUUUCUCCGUUGUUCAGUUAAGCACAACUCAAAUUUGCUGAGGGCUCUUGUUCAAAUGGGCUAUCUGUAGCAUCUUCGGGGACUGGAAAGAGAACCAUUUUUGGCAUGUUGAGCAGUAAAGAAUGCCAGACCAAGUCACCUCAUCUUUGGGACAGUCUCUCCUACCAGAACAGGUGAAAUAGGAUCCAAGGACCACUCCUAGAGGAGGACCUUGCAGGGAGCAGACUCACUGGAUUACGUGAUGGCACUUUUAUGUAGUUACUUUUCAGACUGCUUUGUUGUUUUCCAUUUUAAUCACUUUUCCCAUCUCCAUGAGUUAAAGUUGUAGAGUCAGUGGCUAGGGAAGAAGUCUUCAUCUGCUUGACUAUUGAACAUUGAGCUCUCAUUAGCUGCUGGAAAACUGCGUGUGACACAGCAGAGGAUGUGGAUUCUCUUGGGCAGUGAUGGUAUGUAGACAGAAAGGUGCCAAGAUAUUCACAUACCAUCAGCUGCCUGAUUUUAAUUCCCUGAGCUCUUUAGAAGAGGAUCAGUGUUUCUUCAUCCCUUCUGAUGAUAGGAUAGAAAUAUUAUGCUGGAAAGGUUUCUCUGCUCUGAAUCACCUCAUGUUUUGUUUCUGUCAUUUACCAGUCUGGAACCAAAUUCCAUCUCUUGCACCGCAGCUGUCUCCUUCCAUUCAGUGGUGCUGUGCAAGUUUCAGCACUGGCUGUUUAACCAAAAUUGAGCCUGAGCGCUGGUUUGCAUCACACUCAGGCUAGUGAUCACCCACUGAGCAGUGGUGUGGUAGAUGCAGGUUAUCACUUGGUGUCACACACACAGGCUUUGUCUGUCCUCACGUGGCAGCCCAACAAGUGAGGAUAAUCUUACCGAGAAGAAUUUCUGGAGUGGGUGAGACAAACCCUACAGGUCAUGGCUUUGUAUGUUCUUACCUGCCUGGGCAUUGUUUUCCAGUGAGACUGUCCUAUGCAGGAGGAUUGUCCUCCACUGCCUAGAUAAGCUGGCACGAUACCUGCUUUGCACUACUGGUGCUUUGUAUCUCAAAUUAGGAUCUAACCUGAAUACAACUGCAUUUUUGACUGCACUGUUAAUUCUGCUGUGUUGCCAGUAGGAUAGAUAACAAGCAUCUGAGUGGUAAUAAGCAAACCAGUCGAAGUGUGGCUUUUUUUUACCUUAUAUUUGUCUUCUGGAAGAAGUACAGAAAACAGACCAAAUCAAAAGGUGCAUUUGCUGAUUUCAGUUGUUUUCCAAUUUCUGCAUUUGUUCCUGAACUGCAUGAAAUGUAUAUACAAGUGUUUAUAAGUAAUUUUAUUAUCUGAGAUGUGUAUAAUAAACUUGUUCAGAUUCUCUUAGUAUCUUCUUGAACCUAUAACGUGUUGCUUAUGCUUAAUUUAAUGAUUAGCUAAGGGAAAAGUAUAAAUUGGUAGCAUGUUUCACAAGUGAACUGAAGAUAACCCUGAUUUAUAACUGUGUGAUUAAAAAGAAUUAUUGGAAAGGCUAGUUUUAAAAAGCAAUGAAGUGAACUAAUUUUGGGCUUGCAUGCUGUUUUCAUAUCUAGAUCUUUUCUGAAGAUGCAGCACAAACUGAAUUGAAUGUUAAAGUAUAUUUCCACUAUGGAAUAUUAGGAGGCAGAGGAAAGCAAGAAACAUCAGCAUACAUAGUCUGUUAGUAUCUGAGCACAUGUUAAAACGUUGUUCUCAGAUGGAAGCAGCUUCAUGCAUCAUUGCAAUAACAUUUUGGCCUGAUGUUUUACAAGGGAAAAGUGGAGGGAAGGAGAAAGGGAUGAGGUGAGGGGGAGCAUUGUUUGGAGCUGCUGCUAAACCUGUUGGCACAUCCAUGCCUUGAGCAGUACAUCUGCAAAGUUCAUUAAAUUCCUACUGAAGCACAGAGGAAUUUAUGAAUCUUGGGAUGAACGGUGUUGGGGGUGCUCAUGUUUGCUAGCUGUAUUUCAGGACUUUUGUUGGUUUUCUGGUUUGUUUUUCUUGACAGUGUUGACUAUCUGUGAAAUGAAGAAGGCUUAGCUGCAGCUCCCCUUGAUUUCAGAGCUCCCAUAAUUCUUUUCAUAGACAGAUUGAAUUAGUUAUUGCUAACAUUGACACAGGCUGGCCUUGUGCUCCUGGUCUUUCUCAUGUAAAUACCACUGCCCUUUCAGUCACUGCUGUAACCCCUUGUUUCCUUUAGAAGUGGCUGAGAAGUCUGAAUUUCCAGGCAUGCUUCCAUUCCUUGGGAAUCCUGCCUCACACUUACUUCUACAUAGGCGAUGGCCACUGGAGAUGGGCCUUGUGCCCCUCUGGCCUCCAUGCCCGUGUGUGCUGUGCUGGGGCUCCUGUGGGGCUCCAGGAGGGGAGCAGGGCCAUGGGGUGGGCAGCUGACCUGCUUCUGGGAAUGCGUGGGUGCUUGCAUGGCCUGACUAUGCAGGUAUUUCUGCGUAGUGCAGAAUAAUGCACAUUUUCUAAGAUAAUUUAUCUCCUUUGACACCACUGUCUAGAAUCCCCGAAGAGGUUAUUUGAAUUUUCUUCUCUAGGGGGAAAAAAGCUCCAAAACCACAAAACCGUUGUGUGGGAAGGAGCUAACUGCACUGGCUUAAGCCCAGAAUGCUGUGGGCAAAGUGCUCUGGAUCCAUCUCUAUCUUGAGCAGAGUCACUCAGCUAGCUGCAGUCUGUUCCUUCCUUGGUCUCUCUCCAGCAGCACAUCCCUGUCCCGCUAGGCUCUCUGCUGUUAUUUUAUUUCUUGUUUUUAAUGUGUAUUGACAACAGAACAGAGUGAUCUCACCACGUUUGUAUUCUCUGCAAUAACGCCGACUUUCAGCUGAUGCCCACAGAACCGAGUACCUCUUUUAGCCCACUGUGCUGCAGCAACAGCUGACUGACGUGCCUGUUUGCGAAGGCUUUCUCUGGACUGUCUGCAGCACGAUUUGGUUAGUUUGGGUUUCCGUUCUACCACAGGCUUUGAUUACUCAGGCCCUGCUGUGCAGUGCUCCAUCACAGGGUGAUGUGGCUGUGUGGUUCCUGGGGGCAUGGAAGGCAAUGGGUGGAGAUAGGGAGCCUGCUUUGGCAGGGGGUUGGACUGGAUGAUGCCCAGAGGUCCCUUUCAACCCCCACGGUUCUGGUAUUGUGUGAGGUAAUUUGGUAUUUUUAGUGGCUGCAGAGCCUGUGGAGUUACUUGGUGCUUUACAUAAUUGAUUGAUCUACAGUCAUGGACGUCUUAAGAUGUUCUUAGACUCACAGAACCGAAGGCUGCCAGCUGCUAUUGAUCAUCUCCAGCACAAAGCCCAAGGUGGCUGCUUGGCAGAGGAGGCCAUUCCUCUGGCGGCUGCUCACUUCUCCUUCAGCUGAAGCUGAUGCUGGCCUUGGAGCUCACAUGCCCACAAAGGUUUCCUCACACCCCUGUUUAUCAUCAUCUUUAAUCUGUACAAUCACCACACUUCAUCUCUCUACCUCUCAGCUGCUUUCUGUCUUUCACACAAAAUGGGGACAUAAAGGCUGAGCGAGGCCGCGUGGCCUUGUCCUGAGGUGCUUGCCACCAAGGCCUCCACGCUUAUGGAGUGGGAAUGGUGCUGGCUGGGUUGUGAUGCUUUAAUGUUUACAAGGUUGUGACACCUGUUCAGCCCUGUGUGGACAGAGCUAAGGGUGGAGGAAACAGCCUCUUCUGUUCGGUUCCUCCUGGGUUUUUGUUUUUUUUUGUGUGUGUGUGUUCUGUAAAAGGACAGCAGAGCCUGAAGAAAUUAGCAUGCAGGAGCAUUCGCUUUCCAUUUAAAAUGUACUGAGUGUGAUGUUUGCAACUAUGGUUUGAGGGGAAGAGAAAGCAGCCAGGGUUUGUAGAAGAGCUCGCUCUUUGAGGGAGGCAGGAUUUUCCCUGCAGCGAGAGCUACCCACCGGAACGUUCUCCUACCUCAGGCAGUGAUGCUGGCAUCCGGCUGAUCUUCUUCAGUGAUAAAUGCAGCCAGAAGCUGACAGGUCUUGCAGCUUGGAACGAAAUACAGGAUAACUAAUGUGGGCUUUUAUUGGGAAGCUGGUGCAGAUUUAACAGGCGGUUGUGCAAGGAGUGAAAACCCCCAGUGGUGGUUAGGAUGGUGGUGGAGAGGAAAGGCCGAGUGCUCGCAUUGCUGCUGAGCUGUGGCUUUGCUGUUUCCCUUGUUUCCCACCUCAGUUCCUUAGUUCCAGAACUGCUGAAGGCAUACAGCACUUUCUUAUUUUUUUUCCUACUUUUUUUUUUCUCCCCAGCACAGAGUGAGCUCGUGCCUUCCCGCAGCCUACACUGUAGGUCUUAAGAAAUGAAUGUGUAAAUAUUUUGUCUCUCACAGCAGCCCAAGGUCAUCUUUCUGGAACAGCAAACAGGCACAGAAUCCAAAGAAGAUCAGUCCGUCAUGUGAGUAAGGUUAGCAUCUGCACUUACAAAUGACAAAGGCUAUUAAUCCUCAUGCUGUAAUCCCCAAGCUGUUUGCCAGCUGGCAGCAGGAAGAUGUUCCUGCUCAGCCCACACAGCUAUCCAUGUUUUUUCACCUUUAUGAAGCAGAUAUAGGUCAAUGCUGUAGCCUGGAUAAAGAACUUGGUAGGCACCAUUCAUCUUUUCUGGUGUUUCAAUCCCUCUCUUCUCCAUGCAAACCACCUGCCUGGACUGGGGUGCAGCAGGAAUGCUGCAGGCUUCCUCCCCUUCAGAACAGGAGGCUGAAGGUCAGGUUAUUUCCCCUGUGCUCCCACAUGGGAGGAAGGAUCAGGUAAUACCCAGCAGUUGGGUACGGCAGGUAAAAGUUCUGGGGACCAGCGGGGAAUUUGUCUCCUGCCUGCCAUGGGGACAUACCCAACCACAAUUCUACUGCUGGUGAGGUGGGAGGAAGGCUGCCUGUUUUCCUCAUCCCAGUUGUUUUGUUAACACUUUGCAGGUGCUUUUGCUUCAAACCAUCUCCCAUCCCUUCUUUAAUAUCUGCAGAGAUCCACUCCUAGUCAGGGCCAUGCCUGGCAGCAAUAUCUUCUGUUCAUGGUGCUCUGGACAAAGCCUGUUCUCCAGUCUCUUGCUGUCACUGUGUGGCAUCUUAAGGGCAGGGUUCCCAGUUAAACCAGUCCCACCUCCUUCCCAUUAGCACAGCUGUGGGUUUUGUCUUGCUGGGCUCUGUUCUCUUCUGUGACACUUUCCCAGCAGAGUUUGGCCUUCUGUUUAUCAUGAAGAGUAAAUGAAGUAUUCAUUUGGUUGACUUAGCAUUUAAAUACCACGUGGCAUUUAUACAUGUGUAUAUAAAAAUGUUUUUUAGGUAUUGUGCCCCCAAGGCCUUUGCAUGCAGCACGGUUCGAUGUAUAUCUGACUGUUGAUUUAAGCAUACUGUACUAAAGUUGUUUUUUAGUGCACGUUGGCUUCUUUCCCUCCUGGAACAAUGCACCAUUUCUGGCAGGGUCAGAUUUUAUGUCUUGCUGUUGCAUUUCCAGCUGGGUGCAUUCUCCCACACAUCCCAGGACAUGGGAUAGCACCUCAUGUCCACAGCAAGGCCUGUGGGGCUUGAAUUUCUUGCUCAGUUAUAAAUACGUUUAUAGAAGGAAAAUUGUUCAUACUCUGAAUGUUAUACAAAACAAAUUCAUAUCCCCUUUUCACUUCUGUAAAGGUUCAAAGAUGGCACUGAAAAAUUGUACCUUCUAUGUAGCUAAUAAAGGACUGGAACUGA